GUGUCUCAGUGUAGUUUCUCAGAAACCCCUUUAGGGAUUGUUCAAUACAGUGCAGGACAGAUAAAGCAUUGAAUUUAUAUGUACAUUUCCUGAUUACUGCCGAAAGUGAGGAAUAAUGGGGUUGUUGCAGUGCAUAGACAUCCUGUAUCAGUGACCUCCAACUACUAGCUGUGAGGACUUUGAACAUACACAACUCUACUAAAUCACAGAGGAGUUUCAAUAAACCAGCCAGAGACAGGCUUCUGAAGGAAGCAGAUUCAGGGUGCUGGACUCAGUGAGCUGUAGACACAGAGGAAAAGAGAACAAUGUGGAAACCAGCAGUGUUUGUGCUCCUGCUACUGAACAUGGCCAUGCAGGUAAAUGCUGCUGUAGAUAAGAAGAGGGGGUCUCUGGCAGAAACCUCCAGGCCAGAGAAGAAGGUGGAGACAGAAGAGGCUGAAGACACUGGCACUGAUCCUGCAAGUGACACCGGCUCUCCAACUUUCUUGGGUAACUUGCUGGUGAUUCCCAUGGAUGGGAGUCACUGGGUGGGCCUAAAGGCUAUUGCCCAAGAAAUGGGUCGCCGUGGCCACCGGGUCACCGUAGUGAUGCCAGAGGUCUCCAUGCGGAUGGCCCCGGGAAAACACUACGACACUGUGACCUAUCCUGUUCCUUAUGACAAGGCUUAUGUUGUCUCUGUGCUGUCCAUGUAUAAGGAGGUAAUGAAAACAUCUGGACGGUCUUUCAUGGAGAGGAUAAAGAUGAAGUUCUCACAAAUCCAUAAUUAUGCAGCUUUGUUCCACAUCACUGCAGAGAGCCUACUGUUCAAUGCCAGUCUCAUCUCACAUCUGGCACAGCAG